AGCACACAAAUCUGCAAGCAAAGCAAGCUCUCCUCUGCUUCAGCUACCAAACUCAGAAAGACAGAGAUGGCGGCGGUGGAUGUGGGAGCCGGAGAAGUUCGGAGGAAGAGGGUGGAGUUUCACCCUUCCGUCUGGAACGAUUUCUUCGCCCGCCCCGAUAAUCAUUCUCCGAUGAAAAGUGGAUGGAGGGAAGACGCUGAGCAAUUGAAGGAAGAAGUGAGGGAGAUGCUAAGAGGAGUUGCCGCGGCGGCGACGAAGACGAACUUGGAGAUUAUUGAUGCCGUGCAGAGGCUGGGCAUUGAUUACCAUUUCGAAUCUGAAAUCGAAGCAGCUCUGCUUAAGAUCUCCGGCGAUGCUGCCGCCGACGAUGAUACUGAUGAUGACUUGUACACUGUUUCCCUCCGAUUCCGGCUCCUCAGACAGCAGGGUUACCGCAUUGAUCCCACCCAUGUGUUGAGAAAAUUCAUAGACGAGAAUGGGAAUUUCAAACAAGAUCUCAAAAACGACGCCAGAGGACUGCUGAGCUUGUACGAAGCUGCUUACUACAGAAUAAAUAAUGGGGAACAAAUAUUGGAUGAAGCUCUCGAGUUCGCCAGGACUCACCUUGAUCCCAUUAGCCAAGUGGACUCACCUUUGGGUACUCAAGUGAAGCACUCCUUAAAGUGGCCCAUUUUAAAGGGUUUGCCCAUAAGAGAGUCCAAGCAUUUCAUAUCCAUCUACCAGCAGGACCAGGCCCACAAUGAAGUCAUCCUAAAGCUAGGCAAGCUAGACUUCAACUUGGUCCAGAAACUGCACCAACAUGAGCUCAUGAUUCUCACCAAGUGGUGGAUGGAUCUGGAUACCGAAACUACGCUUCCAUUUGCACGAGAUCGAGUGAUAGAGUGCUACAUGUGGCCGUUGGGAGGAUUUCUGAAGCCUGAUUACACGGUCGGAAGAAUCUUUGUCACCAAAAUCACUCAACUUGUCUCCGUCCUGGAUGACAUCUUCGAUGUCCACGGUACCAUCGACGAGCUCGAAUGUGUCGUCAAUGUGAUCGAAAGGUGGGAGAUCACCGAUGAGGACGACAAGGUUCCCGAUUACUUCGAGUUCUGGUUCAAGACAUUGCUUGGCGUGUUUGCUGAAAUAGAGGCUCAUGUGUCCAAUGAAGGGAGGUUGUUCUGUAUGGACUAUGCCAAAGAAGCGGUGAAACAUAUAGUGAGAGCGUUCAUAAAGGAAGCAAGGUGGUACGAUGCAGGCUAUGUGGCAACAAUGGAGGAAAAUCUACCAAAUGGUUAUACCAGCAUCGGCUAUCCCCUUGCCAUUACCGUUAUCUACUGUGGGAUGGGAGAAGUUGCCUCCAAAGAGGUCUUCGAGUGGCUGUUCAGCCAGCCCAAGAUCCUCGUCGCCGGUUCUACCAUUGCUCGGCUCAUGGAUGACAUUGUCUCCCACGAGUUUGAGCAAGAGAGAGGACAUGUGGCUUCGUCCGUCGAGUGUUACAUAAAACAGUAUGGUGUGUCCAAGGAAAAGGCACAUUCGGAGCUGAACAAGCUGGUGGAGAAACUGUGGAGAGACAUGAACGAAGAACUGUUGCGGCCUCUGCUGGCUCCGAUGCCUGCUCUGAAGACAAUACUCAACAAGGUGCGAGUCAUGGACUUGUUGUACAAGGACGAGGACACUUACACGGAUUCCAAGACUGUCAUGAAAGAGUUACUCACUUACAUCUUAGUGGAUCCCGUGCCUCUGUGAAGUAAUUGUGUUUGUGUUUGCUAGCAAUCUUCUAGGUUGGUGUGUCCGUCGAAUCGGUCGUGCCUCUGAAAUAAUUGUGUGUUUGUGUUUGCUAGAAAUGUUCUGGGUGGGUGUGUCAGUCGAAUCGAUUGUGAUUUCUAGUUGAGUUUUGUUAAACUAUAAUAAGCUAGAGGACGCCCAACUAUACGGUGUAGUUGGUAGAGUCUAGGCAUGUGUGACAAUUUGAUUGUUUUCUUAUGUUGUGGUCGUUGGUGAAAUAUAUAUACACCAUUGCUAAGUAAGAGGUUGAAAAAACUCUCUCUUUCUAGAACAUACUUAUUUCUUCAUUUCUAAAUUCUACAAAUAUCUACUUAAGCAUUUGAGUAUUGACAACCUUGAAAAUCUCAAGUAUCUUCUCUUACCUAAUUAAAGUCGAUUCAUCAA